GCCGCGGCCCUGAGCCCGGCGGAGCCCGGCUGAACCCCCGCGAGCUUGCGGAGCCCCGAGGCCUCGGCUGCCUCGCAAACUUUUCAAAGUCGGCCUGCGGCCCGGCCGGCCUGAGCUCCCAGCUCGGCCAGGAGGACUCCGGGGAGCAGGAGGAGGACCCGGAGGAGCAGGAGGAGGACCCAUAGGAGGAGGAGGGGCCGCCGCAUCAAAGACACCGGCUUCCCGCGGCCCCAGGGCGAGCCAUGCGCGGCGGUCGGUAAUGUCAGCGGAACAGGACAAGGAGCCCAUCGCGCUGAAGAGAGUUCGAGGUGGUGACAGUGGACUGGAUGGGUUAGGAGGGCCAAAUAUACAACUUGGAAGCCCAGAUAAGAAGAAACGCAAGGCCAGCACACAGGGGCCUUCCUUUCCUCCGUUGUCUGAGUAUGCGCCACCACCAAAUCCAAACGCCGACCAUCUAGUGGCUGCCAAUCCCUUUGAUGACAACUACAACACUGUUUCCUAUAAACCACUGCCUACAUCCAAUCCGUAUCUCAGCCCUGGUUAUCCUGGCUUUGGAGGCUACAGCACAUUCAGAAUGCCGCCCCACGUCCCUCCAAGAAUGUCUUCCCCCUACUGUGGUCCUUACUCACUCAGGAAUCAACCACAUCCGUUCCCUCAGAAUCCGUUGGGCAUGGGCUUUAACCGGCCUCAUGCUUUUAACUUUGGGCCACACGAUAACUCAAGUUUUGGAAACCCACCUUACAAUAAUGUGCUGACUCAGGACAUUAGCAUGCCCGGUCAGCAUUUUAGACAAGGCUCUGCUGAAAACUUCAGUCAGAUUCCCCCACAGAAUGCUGGCCAAGUGUCUAACCCUGACCUGGCAUCUAAUUUUGUCCCUGGAAAUAAUUCAAAUUUUACCUCUCCGUUAGAAUCUAAUCAUUCUUUUAUCCCACCCCCAAACACAUUUGGUCAAGCAAAAGCGCCACUUCCCAAGCAAGACUUUACUCAAGGGACAGCCAAAGCCACGAAUCAGAAUUCCGCCACUCACCCACCUCACUUAAAUAUGGAGGACCCAGCCAAUCAGAGUAACGUCGAGCUAAAAAAUGCCAACAGAAACAACGCCGUCCAAGAGAACAGCCGUUCGGGUAGUGCAGAGGCCACCAACAACCACGCCAACGGGACCCAGACCAAGCCCCGUCAGCCCAGGGCCGGGGCCGACCUGUGCACCACCGACAAGAGCCGCAAGUUCUCCCUGCACCCAGGCCGGCAUGGCCACUCGUCUUCCGACCCCGUGUACCCGUGUGGGAUUUGUACAAACGAGGUGAAUGACGACCAGGAUGCCAUCCUGUGCGAGGCCUCUUGUCAGAAAUGGUUUCAUCGCAUCUGCACCGGAAUGACCGAGACAGCCUAUGGGCUCCUGACAGCCGAGGCGUCUGCAGUGUGGGGCUGUGACACGUGCAUGGCGGACAAGGAUGUCCAGCUGAUGCGCACUAGAGAGGCCUUUGGCCCCCCUGCCGUGGGCGGUGAUACCUGAGCGCAGCUCUCAACCAACGUGGGUUCGUUUUUCUGUGUAGAGCAGAGAUUUGGCAACAUAGGAUUUUAAUGUUCAACGUUAUUUUUUUAAAUGCACACAGAAAAAUACUAGUUCUUAC